AUGCUUUGUGGCCCGUCCGUCCAUCCGCACGGCCAGCCGACAAUCCGCGGGGCCGCCGCCGCCGCCGCCCCGCCACCCGUCCUCCCGCCGCUCCCCCCCUCUCUCCAUCCCCCCCGCUCUGAGCCCCCCUCCUCCUCUCCCCUCCCCCUCCUGGCGCGCUGCCGGCCGGCGCGCGGAGGCACCUGGGAAGGGCCAGCAAGCGCCGCGCCUCCGCCACCCCGCAGCCGCGGCAGUCCCCGCCCCGAAUGCCACCUGUGGCGCGGGCUCGGCGGGCGCCCUAGGCGGCCGUUAGCCUGGGCGCGUGCUGCUCGCUGGACGCAACAAGGUCCCAGCGCCUCUGCGCAGCCGGUGCCAGGGCGAAGCGAAGGUAGCGCGCGUCCCCCCAGGGGCGGUGCCCCGCAUCCGGAGGACGGACCCGACACUAGCUGCCUCGUGCGACGUGGACGGAGGCUCUCGAGCUGUCCAGGGACCGUCUGUCCGCCGCUGGCGCUGAACACGAGCCGCUUCCGCCUGGGCCCCUGGGCCCUCGCCGCUGCCGCGCGGGAGCCGGACGCCGCCCCCUCCUCAGGCCCCCGCUCCUCCAGCCCGCCUUGCCCGGAACAGUCCGCGCCGCACCCACGCCCCGGGAGGGCAGGGUCCGGGAAGCACCGCCAGCGAGGCACCAGGCCGCCGCGCAGCCCCACGAACGGUCACCCCUGCAGCUCGGGUCCCUGCCCGCGGCCCGCACCUUCCUCAGCGCAGACAUCCUCGGGCGCUCGGAGUUCAGCAGGCGCAGGGCGACAGGGCACACGGCCCGUCUCCAUCAGGGCUGGCCUUCAGUCCGGGGGACCGCGCUCGAGCGCAGUGCACGCUGGGAGCCCCCGCCGGCGCCUGCGCACUGGUCGACCCGAGGCCCCCACGCUGGGGCUGGCCUGA